AUGUCCGAAUUUCCCACAUUGACUCUAGAUGAAUUCUGCAAGGCCAUUAAGGAUAUAUCACAAUUUGAGCUAGAGUCAAAGAAGGAUCAGCAGCGACAUUUUAUUCUCAAAUUGGUCGAGACCAACAAUGAGUUGCUUGACGAACUAAAUAGAGAAGGCACAUCAUCCGAGGACAAAACGCUAUAUACUGAAACAAUCGAUGAAAAUAGAAGGAGCUUGCUUGAGCAAAUUGGUAGAGUAGCAAGCAUAAAUCUGGAAUUGGUAGAGAGGCGAUUAAUCAGUACCGAAGAGAAGGACAAGGAAGAACAAAAAUUGCUUGACGAGAUCAACAAAGCUGAUAAAAGUGCUAAUAAGAUAAUUGAACCGAAAAUCGUCGAAGUUGAAGAAGCAGAAGAAGAAAAAGAAGAAGAAGGGGUAGUGUUGUAA